UACAUUUCCCAGAAGCCUCUAAGAACCUACAACUCCCAGGCACCCCUUAGCCGCUGUCAUCUCCCGGAAAAAGGCACGUGCGGGCAGCCGGCAUACGUCAUGGCGGCCAGAUGCCUCUUCGGGGCUUUGCGAACCUGGGCCACUUGGGCGGCCCGGGAGCUCCCGGUCCCUGUCGAUCCUGGAAGGCUCCUUGUACGGGGUUAUGCCAAGAGACCGGUCAUGAAGGGGGGCAAAGGUGGCAAAGGCGGUGCAGUUGGUGAGGCCCUGAAGGACCCAGACGUGUGCACGGACCCUGUCCGACUCACCACACAUGCCAUGGGCGUCAACAUCUACAAGGACGGCCAGGACGUGGUCCUGCAGCCAGACGAGGAGUACCCUGAGUGGCUGUUUCAGAUGAAUGUGGGCCCCCCCAGGAAGCUGGAGGAGCUGGACCCCGAGACCCAUGAGUACUGGCGGCUGCUGCGGAAACACAACAUCUGGCGCCACAACCGACUGAGCAAGAACCAGAAGUUCUAGCGGGGACGCACCCCCCCCCCCCCGACGCGGCAGGGACCUCGCCAGGCCCUGAGGAGGACCCCGGAGGCACUCUGUUUUCCUGGAUAAAGCAGUUUCCUGAGAACAGAGGAGGCCCCUCACCUGGGCCGGGUGGGCCCCCAGACUGAGGCUGGCCCGGGGGUCCUCGCAGGCCCUGGGCGCCGCCCGCUGCGGAGCCAGGAGGGAGGCGGGACAGGCGGGGCGGGCAAGGGGCACCUCCGGCCUCGGGGUCCCGUGCCCCCAGUCUCCCCCCUGGCAGUAGACGUAAUUCUCUUGGUUGCAAGAGAUUCAAACCUGUUGCAGGCCCCCUGUGAGCUCCCGACACCGCGGCCCCCCCGGACUGGUUCUCUUGGACUAAGGCGGCUCCAGGACUCCUGGCUGGAGCCCCCUACCCAGUUUAGCAACCCAGCCAGAGGGGAGGGGCUGCCUUUCUUACCAAAGUCACGUGUCACCUGCAUUGGCCAGUCAUUGGAGACAGCCGGGGCCCUGGGCCUCACUGCCACCCUUCUGUCCACCUGAGUGGUACCUGGGUCUCAGGCUCCCCUGGCCCCUCCCACCCCCAUCCCCAGGAAGUGCAUCCUGGAGUCUUGCCGUAAGAACCUGACCCCCAGACGGAGUACCCCGGCUCCCAGCUUCCCUAGGUCCUGCCCUGCCUGGGGCCCCGGGGCGGGGCGAGGCGGGGCUUGCAGCGGGGGGGCAGGGAUGAGGGCCCCGGCCAGGAACCCUCCAGGCUCCUCUGCUCAGGAGCUGGGUGGGCGGGGCUCAGGACUAAGUCCAUCUAGUCCCAGGAAAAGGGGAGUCCUCAUCCUCUUAGGAAAACUGCAAAGCGGAUUACUCGCCCUCCCUGGUGGCCAGCCCAGAGCAGGUGGAGGGUCCCAACCCUCCUGUGGGCCCCUUCACUCUCAGGGUAAAAACAGAGUUGUAACAAGUGUAAGGCCUUGCCAGGCCUGCCGCCUGUCACCUCCCCACGGGCACCUCCCUGCUCCAGCCACAGGGGCGGUUCCUCCCUCACUCCAGCGCCAGUCCUGCCCCAGGGCCUUUGGGUGUGCUGCCCCCCCCCCCCGUGUCCCCAUGGUUCCCUCCAAUCCCAUGAGGUCACCUCCAAGAGGCCCCCCGCGCCCCCCGCCCCACCACGCUGUUAAAUUACAGCCCUGCCACACACACAGA